AUGAAAAAAUGGGAUGACGAUUUUCGUAUGAAGAGCUAUGUUACUAAAAUCCAGAAUGCAAAGUCAACAGUGCCAAGUAACCAAAAAAAAGCAAUGAAAAAACAAAUAAAUAGGGAUACAGAAUUCAGUAGCCAUGCAUCUUAUAGAUCUGAUUUAACCGAUUUAAAGGAAAGUUUGUUGUUCAAAUAGUUAGUUGAAUACAAUUUAUAAUAAUACACAAAUAAAUUAUUCUUGAGAGGCUAUAUUGGAGGAUUAUAAACAUUAGCCCAAUAACCUAUAGAAUCACAAAAUCUGGUAUUGCAAGAGAUUAAAUUACUACCUGGACAUAAAUAGAAAUUUUUAGAUUUGUUUAAAUAUUUAAACGAUCAUUAUGAUCCUCACAAUUAUAAUGGGCAAUCCUCCUUAACUCCAAUUAACAACAAAUAAAACAGAAAUACUAUGCCUGGAUAAUAAAAUUCUCAUGGAAAAUUUGAACAAACUAGAGAUACCUAUGUUGAAAUACUGAAACCUGUUAAUAGGCGUUCAUCUUUAAAACACUUCUCCCCUCUCCAAGAUAUAGGAGUGAUUAAACCUAGAGUUUUACCUAAAUUAGAGAAACGUUCUAAUAAUGGUAACAAUGAUAAAAGUCCUUAAUUUAAUGAUACUUUAUCAUAAUAAUUAAUUCUCAAUUCAGAAACCAUUCAUGGAAGUUCAUUAUCAAUAACUAAAGAAAUUCAAAAACCAUUAUCAAAAACAAUUAAUCCUGCUGUCGUCAAAAUUAAAUAACCUAAAAAGAAGAAAUCUGUGAUUAAGUAAAGCACUGAAAAAGAUAAUAAGUUGUUGAAGAAACUAUAAUAAAUCAAUUCAAAAAAUAGCAUUGGAACUGAAAUUCAUUUAUAGUAAGAUCAGAUUUAAUUGAUGUAUUAAUCAUUUGAUAAUGGAAAAUUAGCUUCGACCCUGAUAAAUAUUGAUAUUGAAGAGAUUAGCUAUUGUGUAGGAAUUACUCUAUAAAAAAUGAUUUUGAUUGUUGAUUUAGAGUAAUAAAAAUAUCUCGAAAAUGAAAUCUAAGAAAUUCAACAAGCAAUCUUUAAAGAGACUGAUCAAUAUCAGGAGAUAGAAUCUAGAGAUAGAGGAAGAUAUAGUGAGGAUUGUAGAGAUGAAGAAAAUAAUGAUCAGACAGUCAAUAUGUCAAAGGUAGAUGAUACAAUUUGUUAAGAUUACUUAAAAGAAGCAAUAAUAGAGCCUGAAAGUACUGAUCAAUAUUAUGGUAACGAAGAUGUUGCCACUGAAUAGUUUUAGAAACUUGAUCAAAGUGAAUAAUCAAAACUAUAGACCGAGUAGGAAUACAUCCAAGAUUAAGACUAGGAUAAUAAUGAUUAAAUUUCCAAAUCAUAUUUUUCAGUUGAUACCACUUAUAAUUUAGAAGAUUAUCUUUUGUUUAAUAAAGUUUUUGUUGAUAAAACUAUGUCUAAUUAUAUUCCUAAUGUUGACAUCAUACAAAAUUAUUGUAAGAACAUAAUGACAACUACCAAAAUGGAAAGGGAAGUAGCAAUCAUCUCAAUGAUUUACAUUAACAGAUUGCUCACUUAUAAUUAGGGCUUAGAAAUUAAUUGCUUGAAUUGGCAGAAAAUUUUAUUUACAGCAUUGGUCAUGGCAUCAAAAAUAUGGGAUGAUGAGUCUUUUGAAAAUAAUAAUUUUGCAAAGGUACUACCUCAAUUUUCAACUGUAUAAAUAAAUGAAAUGGAAAGAGUUUUCUUGAAGUUCAUAGAAUAUCAUCUCUAUGUUAAUUCUGGAGAAUAUGCUAAACAAUAUUUCAUCUUGAGAGCUUAUGCUGAUAAAAAACAAAGAAGUUAUGCUCUAAAAUAAUUAGAUAUCUCAACUGUUAUAAGAUUAUAAAGAGGAGGUUAAUAAUAAAUUUCAAAACAGUAAUAUUUAAAUACUUAAAACAAAAGCUUUUGA